GUUGAUAACCGUGUGAGCCACGCCCUGCUCCAGCCUCCAGUGCUCCGCUCGGGGCAGUGCACAUGAAUCAAGUGUCUCUGUGCCUGGCCCGUCGCUAGUGGGUCAAUGUCCUCGUCCUCGCACCCAUAAAUGCUUCCAUUUCCACCAAGCGACACAUCAGAAUACCAGACUGAUCGGUUUCCUUUCUCCGGGAAGAUGGUCAAAUCAUUCUCCUUUCUCCCUUUCUUCUUCUUCCUCUUCAUUAUCGCCUCCUCACAAGCUAAAUCCAUCGUUCAACAUCCUCAGCCCUCCAGCUCGUUCAAGAUCCAGGACAACCAGAGCACCCACCAGAAUGUAAGGAGCUGUUCUUACACAGUGACCAUAAGAACCAGCUGCUCCUCAACAUCAUACACCCGAGAUAGAAUCAGUCUCGCGUUCGGGGACGCUUACGGUAACCAGGUGUACGCGCCGAGGCUGGACGAUCCAUCGACGGGGACGUUCGAAAGGUGUUCGACGGAUACGUACAAGAUAAGCGGGCCAUGCACCUACCAGAUCUGUUAUGUGUACCUGCUGAGGACGGGAUAUGAUGGGUGGAAGCCGGAGUCCGUGAAGAUCAGCAGCCCCUACGUUAACACCAUCACGUUUUACUAUAACACCUUCCUUCCCAACGGUGUUUGGUUCGGAUUCAACCUCUGCAACGACCUAUCGACCACUGCGGCGAUGUGAGACGGUCAGAGAGCAUACGAUUUUUAUUUAUGUAAUUUCUGGGUUUCUACUUUCUAUGAGUGACUAUUUUACACUGUUCGAGCUAUUGGGUACACUUAUCUCCUCUGGUUUUCCACUUUUCGUCCCUUUUUUGCUUGGUGAUGAUGAUGAUGAUGUAAUUGAUUGCCGAAAUCCAAAAUUGGGGUUUGCCUCUUUCUAAUUUUCAA